AUGGCACUGCAGCUAGAGUUCCGGCAUGACUGCCAGAACCUGGGGUGCUCAAACUUCCAGUGCAACCUGUGCAAGCUGAGCCAAAGGCGCCGCUGCCCCACAAACUUCGCCGCCAAGUACUUGGCGCCGUGCGACGUGGUGGAGGCCAAGUGCGGCGCGCAGAUAUAUGUUGUGGUGACAGACAUAGGCACCGGCCAGCUCGUGCAGCAGGGCCUGGAGGAUCUGGGCCUGCUGAUCAGCAUCGUGGAUGGGCGCAAGUUUGAGGUGGAGGGGGACGGGGAGGACGCGAUUGAGCGCUGCGAGCUGCUGGCCAACAAGCAGGGCCAGCCGCUGCUGGCGCACGGCCGCUCCGGCUCCUACACCGACACCAAGCGCGUCAUGGUGCCCAUGAUCCACGGCCAGGCGCUGCUGCCAGACCUCAAGAUCACCGACUCAAGCGAGGCGCUGCUGACGGGGCGCGCGCCGCCCUUCCGCCUCGCCGUCCGCGCCGUGCACCGCUCCGGCGAGCCCUUUGUGGGGGUCAACUACGCGCUGUCCGACCCGUUCGUGGUGGCCACCGCGCGCGUCAAGGGCGCCGCCAAGCUGGAGAUCCCGCACGUGGAUGACCACGUCAGCAAGAUUGACUGCGUGGGCCUGCAGACUCAGAAGAAGCUGGAGGACAUCCGCGCGGCGGCGGUGGCGGCGGGCGUGCCCGACCUCAACCUGCCGAUCAACAGCGUGGUCAAAGUGGGCCAGUUCCGCGACCUGGUGGAGACCGCCGAGCGCAACAAGGCGCUGCGCGAGACGCUGAAGCAGGUGCUGCGCCUCACCAAGGGCUGGGACAUUGCGCGCGACCACGUGCGCAAGGCGGUGGAGACGGACGUGCAACUGAGGGUGUACCACCCAGACGGGCGCACCGAGGUGGGCCUGGUGUUCAAGUGCGGCUCCUUCAACGUCAUCGACAUCAACCGCCCCGUGGGCCUGAUGCGGCGCAAGCAGAACCCGCAGCAGGCCAACCAGGAGCUGGUGGAUGUGAUCUGGCUGCCCCUGGACACAGCCAGCUUCCCAGACGCGGUGAAGCGCAUGCUGCCGCAAGCCUCCGCCGACUGGCGCAAGGACGGGCACCCAGGCUGGGCGCUGCUGCCGCUGACCAUCGGCCACAUGCCGCCGUACAGCGAUGGCGGCAAGCCCACCAGCCAGACCUCCUCCUUCACCUUCACCAUCCGCAUGGCCUCGGGCGCGGCGCCGCCCCCCGCCAGCACCGUGCCGCUGCCGGUGGCGCCGCCCGGCGGCAUCCCGCUGUCGCCUCGCGCCUCUGGGCCCGGCGCGCUGCCCCCGCAGCCGCUGCUGGGCUCGGGCAUGAAUGGCGGGCUCAACGGCUUUGGCGGCGGCGGCGCCGGGCUGCCGCUGGGCCUCAACCUGGGCGGCGCGCUGGGUGGGCUGGGCCUGCAGCCGCCGCCGCACCUGCCCGCCGGCUUUGUGCCCGGCAGCGGCCUGGACGCGCUGCGCAUGCAGCAGCAGGGCAUGUCGUCGCCCCUGGCCGGCCAGCUGCCCACCGGCCUGCCCCCCGACCUGCUCUUUGGCGGGCAGCAGCAGCUGGGCGCGCCGCCGGUGCAGCAGCAGCAGCAGCAGCAGCCUCCGGCGCAGCAGCCGCAGCCGCCGCAGCAGCAGUUUGCGGGCAUCCCUGGGCUGGGGCUGGGGGGCGAGCUGCCGCCGGCGCUGGCCGGAUUGGAUGCGGCCACGGUGCAAGGCCUGAUGCAGAUGCCCACCCUGGAUCUGUACAGCGCAGGCAGCGGCCCCGCCCCCGGCGUGCAGCGCAGCUCCAGCCAGAACCAGGCCAGCGCGAUGCAGCAGGCGCAGGCGGCGGCGGCCGCGGCGGCCGCCGCCGUGGCCAGCGCGCAGGGCCAGCGCGCGUCGGCGCCGCCACCUGGCGCCCAGCUGCCGCCUGAGCUGGCGCACCUGCUCAAGGACGACAGCAUGUCUCCGUUCGAAGACCCCAACUUCCAGCAGCUCAUGUCGAUGAUGGCGGGGCCCGCCGCCAACGGAGCGCAGCCCGGCAGCGCCGCCGCCGCCGCCGCCGCCGCCGCUCGCGGCCCGGCGCCCGGCUCUGGCGGCAGGACCGGCCGCGACAACAAGCAGUCCAAGCGCAAAGCAGACACGUCCCUGGUGACGUGGAUGGACAUGAACAAGGGUCUGGACGACCUGUCGCUGCCCGCCAACGUGGCGCCGCUGGAGUCGCUCUUCACAUCCAUGCUGCCCGGCGGCGAGCUGGGCGCGGGCGACGGCGGCAGCGGGCCCCCGCCCCAGCCCGUCGGCUUCUUCCCCGCCAUGCCCAGCGGCGGGGGCAGCCCCGCCAAGCGAGGCGGCUCGCGGUCGCCCGGCGGCACGCCGGCGGCCGGGGACGGCGCCGCGGCGCAGCAGGCGGCGGGCUCCGAGGCGCAGCCCAUGGACGUGCAGCAGCCGUCGCAGGCGUCGCAGCAGGCGGCGGCGGGCGGGGCGCAGCAGGUGGCGUCCAGCGCGGCGGCCGCCACGCAGCCCUCCACCGGCACCGCGCCCAUGCAGGGCGACACGCCCACCGCCGCGCAGCAGGCCGCUGCUGCGCCGGCGCCCGCGCCGCUGGUCACCACGGUGACCCUGGAGCAGAUGCAGCAGCAGUUUGCCCGCGCCAUGCGCCAGGAGAUCACGUUUGCCGAGCUGGAGACGUACCUCAAGCAGUACAACCUCCUCCCCUCCGGGAAACCCGCCGGCGGCGCCGACCAGCAAGCGGCGGCGAUGACGGCGGCCAUGGCGGUGGCUGCCGGCGCGCAGCAGCAGCAGCAGUCCAAGGACGGGUCUGGCGGCCUGGAGGACAUGCAGACCAUCGAGAGGGCGCUGCCCGCCUAG